AUGGUCAAGGCUACGCCAGCCCGGCGAGAGCCACGGCUUCGCAUUGUAAUUCCCCGCACAGCAAAAACGGCCCCGCUGCCCCGCCGCCCGUCAGCGCAGGCCGCCCGCGAGAGGGCGAGGGCGAGCGACCGCCUCGGCGACCGCUUCAGGGAAUGGCUCAGUAAGCGAGGGCCUCUUGUUCGCUCUCUGGGCCCUCUGUCUUCGCGCGGAGCCUCGACGCGGCCCUUGGCCUCCUAUCAAGCACAAGGCCUCCAGCCCCCCCCCCUCCCCGCCUCGCAGGGAACCCGCCCACGAAACGCACCUCGCCCUCCGCGCCUCGCCGCCCGUUUCCCGAGGAAGAAAAAACGAAUCGAUAGCACAAACACAAACCUCGUUCCACCCCCAGGAAAGACCAAGCGAAAGGCAGGCCAGACCCGGCCGACGCGCCUCGGAGCAGCGGCGAGGGCGGAGCGCUGCGUGGCGCGGCCGGACCGACGGAGCGGGCGUCCCUCGGGGCUGCGGCGGUCGCGAGCCGAGCGCCGUGACCAGCAACGGUCCCAGGUGCCUCGGGUGAGCGCACAGAUGGCUCCUCCGCCGGCAUCGCGGACCACCCGAAUGCUCAGGACGCGCCCGCAUUCCCUCCCCUCGCCUCCGCUCCCGCCCCUUGAGCCGGGCGCUUCCUCCUCGUGGGCGGGAGGACGCCAAGCUGCACCAAGAAAUGUUGCUGCUCUCGACAUGAAGCUUGCCUGA